GUGGUUUGGCUCAGUUUCGACGUGCCGGAAUAAAACUUUAUUCAAUUCUAAUAUAUUAUCUACGAUACCCUACUAAAUUAUUUACAUAGUUUAAGUAUAUAGGGGUGCGGAUAAUCAAGAUUAAAGUGUAUAUCUGUCAUUGAUGUGUUUCUAUUUCUAAUUGCUAUUACUACGGUUCUUUGCGGUUAUAUGCACGGAUAGUUGCAUUGAAUAAUACUUUGUAUUGAGAGAUUCUGAAGAUUGGACAAAAUGGGUGCGUUCCGGACAGUUAUGACCCUGGCAGUUCACAAUGGGAGGACUGGAUUGAAAAAUAAAGCCAAUAGUUCUUUCCGGCCGCUGCUGACCUGCGCUCCGGUUGCCAUGGUCGGCUUCGACCGCAACGCUCACACCCAGGAGCUCACCAAGAACAUACAGUACAUCAGCAACGAGAAGACCAAGAUCACAGCCGACCCUAACACUAUGAAAUUGGACAAGCUCCCGAACAAGCCGAUAUGCGUGAUGAUCAACUGGCUGCUAGCCCGACAGAAGCACGUGAUGAAGUAUGCGUCCAUAUACUUGGAACAAGGCUUCGACGUGGUCUCCGUAUCCUGCACGCCGUGGCAGCUCAUGUGGCCCACCAAGGGAUCGCAGUUGGUGGCGAAAGACGUGAUAAAACUUAUGGCUGCCAACGACAACGGCCAGCCUCUCAUGUUGCACGGGUUCUCAGUGGCCGGCUACAUGAUGGGGGAGAUUUGCGCCCACGUCAUCAACAACAAGGAACUUUACCAACCAGCAUUGGACCGGGUUGUCGCUCAGAUUUGGGACUCAGCUGCGGAUGUGAGCGAACUGAGCGUAGGAGUUCCGGCUGCAGUAUUUCCCAAGAACAAGAUCAUGCAGAAGACUCUCAAGGCUUAUAUGGAGUAUCAUAUGAAGACCUUCCAUGACGCUGCCACGAUUCACUACAUUCGUUCGUCGCAGCUAUUCCAUACUACUCUGUGCCGAGCUCCCGCACUAUUCCUACUGUCUAAGACCGACCCUGUCGGCGCUGAGAAGAGUAACAAAAACGUUUACGAUAGCUGGAUCGAAUUGGGAAUUAAGUGCACCUGGAAGUGCUGGGACCGUUCUCCCCACGUGCAGCACUUCACGUUCCACAAGAAGGAGUACCUUCAAGCCCUCAGUGAACACCUGGAAGCAGCCCAUUUACUGAUGCAACCCGAAAAACUGAGACAAAGGAUAUAAGACCCUAUUGGUUACCGGCAAGAUUAAGUUUCGAGGUGUCACUUACUACUUUCUCUGUGUUUUUGGACGAAACGUUGAUAAAGAUUCUGUCAUGCAGUCAGGUUACUAUUUUUAAAAAUUGCCUAAUUCAAAUUUGCGUAUUGCAACCUAAAAAGCUAAGGCAAAGGAUAUAAACCCAUAUUACCAACAAGCAAGAUUCAAUUUCGAAGUGUCACUUGCUAAUUUCGAAGUGUUUUUGGACAAAACGUUGAAAAAGAUUCUGUCAUGAAAUAUUAAUAAUAAAACUUGCGUAUUGCAACUUGAAAAACUACAGCUGAGGAUAUAGAACCCUAUUGCAAGCUAGCGAGAUUUAAUUUAGAAGUGUCACUUACUACUCUUUCCGUUAUUUUUAGAAUAAACGUAGAAAAGGAUUCUGUUAUAAAGUCUGUUUAGUAUAUUUAAAAAUUGCUUAGUUAAAAUUUUCGAAUUGCAACCUGAAAAGAUAAAGGCAGAGGAUAUAAGACCCUAUUACGAAGUAACAAGAUUCAAUUCCGAAGUGUCACUUACUAAUUUUUCCGUUGUUUUUGGAACAAACGUAGAAAAGGAUUCUGUCAUGAAUUUCUAUUUCUGUUUCGAUCUUAUUUAAUAACAUAGCCCUUGCAGCUUGGCAGAAGAUAGUUAACUUAUAAAUAUGAAAAUCUGAAUAAAAUGAUUUAAUUUUUAUAACAUCUAUGUAACUUAUUCUUAACCCCAUUAUUAGUAAUAAACGA